AUGGAACCACUAACCAAUGCAGAUUUGGGAACUUUGGCAGAGGGAAAAGACUUAAAUGACGGAGUGAUAAACCAUUUUUUCCAUCUACUCCAGCGCCGUGGUCAAGAGAAUGACGAGAAAAAGAAAGUGAUGUCCUUCCCGACCCAUUUUUUUGUGCGGUGGGACCGAGAAAAUGCGGGGUAUGAAGGUGUGGCAUCGUGGGUAAAAGAAAAUCCAAUGAUUAAGGACAUUUUGUUCUUCCCAAUACACGUAGAUGUAGGGAACGGGCAUUGGGCCCUGAUAGUGGCACGGCCACAGCACCGAGACAUCGUAUCAUUCGACUCUUUGGGGUUAGAGCAUAACCGGAGGAUGGAGCAAGUAAAAGAGUUCCUCGAGAAGGACACCCGAAAACGAAAAAGGAAAAGUUCACAAACAUCUUGGUCUACGUUGAACAUGCUCACCGCUUGUCCGCAACAAAAAAAUACCCAUGAUUGUGGCGUUUUCGUCUGCCUUUUUGCUGAUCUGCUGAUGAGGGAACAAUCCUUAAAAACCUUACAGACCUUGACUUCCCGAGAAUUGCGAGAAAUUCUAAAAAGAAAAAUUAAAUGGAUGGGGCUAAACCAAAAGAAGCUUCCACAAAAGAAGAAGCAACAACCACGAGUCGUAGCUAAGCAACCAAUCACCAAGGGACCACUGUUUGACAAGUGGGUGAAAAGACCGAGUACACAGAAGUCACCAAUCGUAGGCAGCAACCGAGAGGGAAAUGUUUUUAGUUGA